AUGUCAUCACGAGCCCUGCGUAAGCUCCAGCGUGAGCAGGAAGAACAGCGACGACUGGCCGCUGCACAGGCUCAAGAAGAAGCCGACAGGUCAUCGAGUGAAGAUGUACCCGUCACGGGCACGAAACCCAAAAAUGCCUUCGACAUGUUGGAGGAAGAACAAAGCGAACCCACAGAUGAUGAAGAGACGACUGGAGGCGUCAUGACACCUGCCACGGACGCUUCAAGAACACAACCCUCCCCAUCGAGGCCGUUAGACACCACUCCUGCGAAAUCGAAAAAGAAGAAAAAGAAGCCGAAGAAGAGGCCCAAGGAGAAGGCUCCUCAGGCGCAGCAGGAUGAGACCGCAUCCGAAGAUGAGGUUGACCGAGCCAUCAAGCUCUGCGGGCCAAAGAUCCAACGCUGGUCACCCCGACUACUGAGCGCCGACACGAAGAACCUCAAUCCAAUUAAUGAGAUGAAGAGUCUAUUUGGAAACGUAGCGGUCGAAGAGCACGAGUCACGUCCAGCGAAUCGGAAUCCACGGCAACGUGAAGUCAAUGAUCAAGGUGGCAUGGAUUUGGGUACCGCCCUGCUAGGCCGCAAUAACGUCGCAAGUCGAGGCAAGGAACUCGGAGCCCUGGCGGGUCGCCGAAAUUGCUUGAUGAGAGGAAGAGAAGAGUGGCCGCUGGCAUCAAGUGGUGGGCUCAGCAUGGAGAACAUAUCUGAUUCCACAUCAUUUGAGAGACGCUACAACAUAUUACACAACUCCGCGUACGAAGAGACACAAUGGCGCUUCAGGCAAGCGGUGGAAUCGAUGGACCCUCAGCGAAUGAUGAGCCAGCUCGUCUUGACGCCAUACCACAUCGCAUCACUACUUCAAGUGGCUGAAAUUGCUCGACACCAGGGCGACCACUCCGUUUCUGGCGACCUUCUGGAACGUGCCUUGUACACAAUUGGCAAGUCAGUGCAUAGUUCCUUUCCAGCCGCCAUGCGGGAAGGUACUGCACGACUGCCGUUUGACAAGGCUGCCAACAGAGAAGUCUAUCUUGCCAUUUGGCGCUACAUCCGUAACCUGGAGAUGCGCGGCACGUUCAAAACUGCUUUCGAGUGGACUAAACUUCUUCUACAGCUCAACACACUUUCAGAUCCGUAUGGAGCAACUCUAAUGAUCGAUCAGAUGGCCCUCCGCGGCCGCUGCCACGACCAGCUCAUCGCUAUGGCAGCCGACGAUGCCUAUGGCUCGGCUUGGUCACACCUGCCAAACAUCGCAAUCUCCCUAGCAUUGGCUCACCUUCGCGCGAAACAACCCAGAGAAGCCCGGAGACAGCUUGCGCUUGCCAUGCACCAGUACCCAUACAUCCUCUCCGCUCUCGCCUCUGCAUUAGAGAUUCAGCCACUUCCGAAGACACUCUGGGCAAAGCUGCCCUCCACAGACGCCGAAAAGCUAUACACAGAGCUGUACGUCACGCGUACCAAAGAUCUCUGGAAUACCCCGGAAACAACUGCGUUGGUCGUCGAAGUCGCCCAGACGCUGCAAGCCUACAAGGAUGUCACUUCGGCAGCUCCAGUGCCACCAAAGCUCGAGAUCUCCCUCGAAGAAGCUCGACACAUCAUCCUACUUGAAGAUCCACACCUCCUGGCUCUACUGCCAAGACAAUUCACGCGCAUGCCUAAUUCAGGCUACGAUCCAUUGCCACCACCAGACACAGAUGGUUCAGACUUCACCUCGCGUGCUCCACGGGCGGGCGACGGUGCCAAUGAUCCAGCUGGAAGCGGCCUCAGAAAUGUCUUUGGCAUUCCUGGCGGCAUCCAGCGUUUACUGAACUGGUUUCAGACACCAGUCAACAACAAUGCAGCCGUCGAUCCGGAGGAGGGAGCAGCCGCGAUGGCGGCAUUCCGAGCACAGUUUGGCAACGACAUCCCCGAUGAAGUGAUCGAGCAGCUUAUCGCUACCCAUCUCGAAGAUUCAAACGGCGAACAGCACGAGCCCGUAGAUCCGGAGGGACUUGGUCUGGGCCAGAGGCUGGCAAACAACAUGCCGACGCCUGGUGGAUGGGACUACUAUGCUGAGAUGGCUGAGCAGCCCUCUGACUACGAUAGGGACGACUCAAGCGAUAUGCCCAGCCUGGAGGAUAUUCCGACGGCUGAGACACGGCCAACAGCCGCUCCAACCCCUCCACCCAUCCAACAGCGACAUCCUCGCGCCGCAAUGGUCGAGGAAGAUAUCGAUGAGGACGACCAGGCCGCAAUACACCACCCAACACCGGCGCGAGCUGUCCUCCGCCACGUCGACUCCGACUCCGAAACAGAAGACCCAGCAGUCGACUCCGAUGGUAUCCCUCCCCACCCUCGCCGCCCAACGCACACCCUCUUCUCCACCAAUGCACCUACCACCGCGCCAAUCAUAGCCUCACAACGGAGACGAUCCUCUCUCGCCCAGCAAAGCGGUGCCACGGCAACUGAGCCACAGCGCACAGCAGAAGAAGAGCGCGAGAUGGUCGACAAUGAUCCUCAACGACUGCAGAGGUGGCUGCUGACUUCGGGUCUGGCGGAGCUCAAGCCGGGUAUGAGUACUGGGAAUGCUGUUAUGGCGGAGUAUUUGCGUAGGAUGAAGUUGUUGAGGCCGAAGCAGCGGGAUUGGGUGUUGGGGAUGGUGGAGCAGAGGGGCGGAGACAGUAAAGGAGUUGUGGAGAGUGUGAGAAGGGGGUUGGAUGCUUGA